GGCGGCUACUGUGUUUUAGAUGUACAUUUCAAGGGGUUCGAAAACCGACGAGAACUGUGCCGAAUUCCGCGUUUUGCGUAAUCUAAUCUUUACACUCAUCGUUGGAUAUACACCACCUGUAUCUGAUGCCAACAUUCAUUCUGAUGGGCUUUAGAACGAUUAUUUUAUUAGCUGCAAAAUUAUGGAGUUUUCUAUGUUACCUUCUCCGGAAAAACAUUAGAACGAUAAUCCAGCACCAGACAGUACGUUACGAUAUACUACCUCUAUCUCCAUUGUCAAGACACAGACUUAGUUUAGUUAAAAGAAAAGUAAUGGUAUUAGACUUAGAUGAAACUCUCAUACACUCACAUCAUGAUGGGGUCAUAAGACCAGCAAUUAGGCCUACAACACCAGAUUUUCUAUUAAAGGUGACCAUCAAUGGCCAUCCUGUUAGGUAUUUUGUAUAUAAAAGACCACACGUGGAUUUCUUUUUAGACGUGGUUAGUCAGUGGUAUGAUUUAGUUGUUUUCACAGCAAGUAUGGAAAUAUAUGGUUCAGCAGUUGCUGACAGGUUAGACAAUAAAAGGGGUAUUCUACAUAGAAGAUACUAUAGACAGCAUUGCACGUUAGAUUAUGGCAGUUACACAAAGGAUCUAUCAGCGGUGUCACCAGAUCUAUCUAGUGUAUUUAUAAUAGACAAUUCACCAGGAGCGUACAGAGCUUUUCCAGAUAAUGCAAUUCCAAUUAAAUCAUGGUUUUCAGAUCCUAGUGAUGUUGCGUUACUCAACUUAUUACCGGUAUUAGACGCGCUCAGGUUCACACACGAUGUCAGAUCAGUUCUUAGUCGAAACCUUCAUUUGCAUAGACAGUGGUUACAAUAGUAACAAUUCUUUCAAGAAAAAAUUUUGAUACAGUGUAUCAUUCAAUGGCUUCCAUCUACGCAGCAUUGGUUAAGCAGAUAAGCUAACGUAGAUAUUUGCAAGCUUAGUCGCACCGAGGUGUUCAGUUCUAUCGUCGGAGUGCUACUUCAUGGAAAUCAAGAUACUAGUAUUAUGUUUGAAAUUUUACGAACUUUGCAGUCAGUAGAACGUUUUGAAAUAUUUUUUUUUUUUUUCAAGAUAACAAAAUUUGUUUACUUUUUCCACCAUCUGUUUAACAUGGAUAAGAUACUUCCUAAUCAGUUGAAAACUUAUGAGUUGCAUUGUGGACCCCCUAAUCCAUUGUAAAAAUAGUUGAAUGUCAUGCAACUUGACUUGUGAAUUGUACUGUACUUCCUAGCAAUUUCUGAGUGACUCCCUAGCUCCAUGUAUUUUUGGGGGGUGGACUCCUUAGAAAACUUGAAAUUAGUAUUGUUUCCAUGAUUCAUUUCUUAAAUUUUUAAUAAUGAACUUGUGAACUCUCUACAUAAGUUUUAAGUGUUGCAUGCGAGUUAAUACUCAACAACUGAAAACAGUGACCAGCCAGGUUGAUCUAUAGUGUGAUAAAAUAUAUUGAUGAAGUUAGUACUUACUGAGCCCCCUAGGUUGUCAUGUUACAGUGCUUCUGAAAAUAACAAAUAAGAUUUUGAGAAAGUAUAAUGAGAUUUACAACACACCUAGGGGGCCCGGACACCUCAGGUAUUGCUGUGAUUGAAAGCAAUAUUUUGAUAAUGAGAUGCAAUACACAGAUUAGUUUUGAUAGAUUAUGCAUGUCAAAUAUAGUUUGCUUGACUGCUGAAUAAAUGUUAACAUGGAAGUCACCUUUUUAUAGCUUUGUGUACAUCCACAGUACUAAAUGUGGUCUUAUUUUGUUUAACAAAAUCAGUUCAUUGGAGGUAACAAUAAACAAUUUUGUUGUCAGGUCUAUUAGCUAUUCAUGUGUUUGCUGCACCCCCCUGGGAUGCUGGGGUAAAGGACUGUUUAGUUUUAUUGCUGUAUAUUGCCACAUUAAUUUCUGAAAUUUUUUUUUUUUAUGAAAUUUGAUUAUUUUUCAGAAAGUAGGAAACUUUAUUCACUUUUAAUUAACUUUAAAGAGAAUCAUUCUCUACAAGUCCUCAUUUGUCUUCUUUCGUAAUCACUACACUGGAACCUGAUGCAAUCAAUGCAGUGUAUGUAUGAGUUUCUACCUUAUCUGCAUUAGCAUUAAUUUUUAAGGCUCUCUAACUCCAUGAAAUGUAUCUGCCAUUAUUUGCAUAUUUUCAUGUUAAUCUGGUAUUGUUACUAGAUUAACAUGUACUACAAGCAUCAUCUACCAAGAUGCCACUGAAUAGCAAGUUCAUGCUUGUAUAACUAACAUGAAGUUAAAGGGGCACUUCCAGUUAAUCCUAAUCUCUCAACAAAUUUACUUUUUGGAUUAAAAUGACAAUGGAUAACAAAAGAUAAACAAUAGUGUCCAAUGAUUCUUUGGUGCAAUCCCUGGGAUUGGAAGUUUCCCCUUUAAGUGUUUUACAUACCUAAUAGGAUGUGGCUAUACUUAAAGGUUUGAAAGUUGUUCUAAGUGACAACAAAUUGAUACAGUUUAUGAUUGACAAGUGAAAUCACUUUUGUCACGUUCUGGGAGAUUGUAGUGAAUGAGAGUAAUGUAUUUUGCUUUUGUUUUGAGCAUGCUAAGGGUAAAAAAAAGAAAUCCUAUAAGACUAUAAACUUUAUUAUCAUUUUACUUUAAUUUCUCUGCACUGUAGUUUUGACUUGUGAGACAGUUAACAUUCUUUUGUAUUAGUGAAUUGUGUUUAUAUUGUUCAGCUCUGAAGAACCAAUCAGAAUGCUUCCUUUGCAGCAUUCUGUGAUUGGGCGGGUAAUUUGACCCCGUCGGUUAAGCUGGACAGGAUUUCAAUUGUCCUUGACUGUAUUGCUGCAAAUAUUUCACUAUCGAAUAAAAAUAUCCCAAUUUCCAUGGCAACGUACCACAUAAACCCUUGCAUCCCUUUCUGACAAAUGUUUUCAAAAUCAACUACUUCUUUUGUUGGCAACACACCUCAGAAAUGGGCAUGAGCUACAAUUUGUUUUAAACCAAUUUAUAUUUGCGGCAUCAAAUGAGUAUACGCAUGAUAAUAUGGCAUAUACAUAUUUAGUGAUUAUAAUAUGCAAAAAGCUGGAAAAAAAUAUUUUUUGAAACAAAAAUUUAUUUUCCAGCUGGAAAGGUAGCGUUUAAAUAUCCUAAAUUGUUAUCCCAUAUGUGUGCAUUGGUACAACUAGAAUCAUUUUGGUUCAAUGUUGUAUUGUUUAAAAGUACAAAAAAUGUAGCACAGAUAUUUUCACGCAUUCAGGUCUAAGUGUCCCCUGUUUGGGUAUUUGUUGAAAAAAGUUGCACAAAGAAAGGGAAAUCGGAAAGUGAUCACCCACGUUUGUCAGUGGAACUCUGAACCCAGACCACAGUGAUUUUUGUUGUAGCCUUCUUUUUUUUUUCAACCAAUGCGUUGUAUGCAGAAUUCUUUAGAAACUGAACACUGUGAUUUUCAGAAAGAAUUACAUGUUUGCUGAAUGGUAAUUGUAUUUUGCUGAUGAAAAAGACCAUAUUGCUUUUAUUUUAAUUUUAGAUGAUUUUGUUAUUAAUAAUAUUUACCAACUGUCAGUUCGUGAGUCUCCCUAUGAUAUGACAAGUACGUAAUGAAAAUAAACUGGCAUUCUGAUAUGAAAUGAA